CGCCUUCUUAUGCCGCCAAAUACCCUCAUUUCCUCUAAAGAUUUAAUUUCGUAUAGGAAAGAGAUGGCUUGCCAUAUCCUCCUCUUUGCUCUCCUUGCCCUGGCUUCCUCUCGUGUGAUGGCCUCCGAUCCCAGCCAACAUCAAGACUUCUGCGUUCUUCUUCCUUUGGAUGCAGUCCUUGUGAAUGGUUUUGUUUGCAAGCCACCAAUGCACGUGACAGCGGACGACUUCUUCUUCUCCGGCCUCGAUAUGCCUGGCAACACGUCGAACCAGCUUGGGUCUAAGGUGACGCAGGUGAAUGUGAACCAAAUUGCAGGGCUCAACACCCUCGGCAUCUCCUUGGCUCGAAUAGACUAUGCACCUUACGGUCUCAACCCACCACACACCCAUCCUCGGGCCACCGAGAUCCUUACAGUGUUAGAAGGCACGCUCUAUGUCGGCUUUGUCACAUCCAACACCAACAAUGGCAACCUUCUCUUCACUAAGAUGCUCAAGAAGGGUGAUGUCUUUGUGUUUCCCGAAGGUCUAAUCCAUUUCCAAUUCAACUACGGUCCAACGCCUGCCGUGGCCGUUGCAGCCCUAAGCAGCCAGAACCCUGGAGUGAUCACUAUAGCCAAUGCAGUCUUUGGAUCAAACCCACCCAUCUCUGAUGCGGUUUUGGCCAAGGCCUUCCAAGUGGGCAAGGAUACGAUCAAGUAUCUCCAGGCUCAGUUCUGGGUGGAUAACAACUAGUGAAGAAGGCCACAAACGGCGUAGUGCAAGUGUCAGCACAUAUGGUUCAUCUUGUGAAUUGCUUCCACAAAGCGAUUGUUUGGCAUAUGGUUAAAUAGGUGUCUGUUUAGUCGACCAAUAAGAACACCCGCUGGUUUAGAGGUGUUCAUUUGUUUGGUGUACGUGUAUCGUAU